GACGAGAACGACUGCGCCAACCUCCCUCUUGACUGUCCUACCUCAUUCGUCUGGGUGUUACUGCUUCAUAGUCCAACAUGCCGUCCCCUUCGUCUCACCAGCACCCGCCCUCGAGGGCGUUGGUGAUCGGGACAGUGUCUUUUUACUUGGUUGCUGCGUUGGCGAUGGUUAUGGCGAACAAAUGGGUCCUCAACAUAACAGACACUCCCCUGUUCUUCCUCCUAUCACAGCUCGUAAUUGCGGUCAUUCUCUUCCUAUUGGCGCAUAUGGCCGGUAUGCUACAACUACCCCUCCAACUUGACACGCAAGUGUGCAAGGGCUUGAUACCCAUGGUUGGCCUUAACGUUAUCGGGCUCAGCUUCAGCAAUUAUACCCUGAAAUAUGUCGACGCGUCGUUCUACCAAGUCGCGCGCGGCAUGGUUCUUCCCUUCACUGUUGGCACCUCAUUCUUCCUGUUGCACGCCCGGCCGUCGCUCCGUAUCCUCCUUGCCUGCGGCGUAGUCACUAUCGGCUUCUUCGUCGGCGUCUUCCUGGAUGGCACUGAAGUCUCUCUGGUCGGCAUCAUAUUCGGCGUCCUGAGCUCGAUGAUCACCGCCCUCCACUCUGUCGUCAUCAAGAAAAGCCUGGACGUUGUGCACGGCAGCGCACUGCACCUCUCCUGGUACACGAACCUCAUGAGUGCCGUCGUCCUGGCGCCAAUCAUCAUCCUCGUCGGCGAGCUUCCCGGGGUCAUGAAGCUCUUGUUCGGCGCGAACGAGAACGCCGCGGGCCAGAUGAGCACACUCGCGACAUUUGUUAUGGGCUCCCUCAUUACGGGCGCGUUCGGCUUCCUCAUGAGUCUCGCGAGUUUGAUGUCAAUCAAAGUCACUUCGCCCAUCACGCAUAUGGUCUCCUCCGCCGUGCGCGGUGUCGCGGCGUCCCUCCUAGGCGUAUGGCUGUUCCACGACAUCGUUACUCAGGGCCGUGCGUCAUCCAUCGGCAUCAUCCUCCUCGGCUCGAUCUGGUAUACCUGGAUCAAGCACGUCGAGUCGCAGCCGGCGACCCCGAGCAAAGCUCACUACGAGCCGGUUCCUCUCGAACAACUCGAGGAGGGCAAGAGCAGCCCGACUGGGCAUGCCUCGCACCGACACUCGCAGUCUGCGCGUGAUGCACGCGACUGAGGGUGCUGCGGGGGCGCGCUCAGGCGUUAGACGUGAUAGUCCUUAUUCGCGAAGGACGACCAAUACUAUGUACGUGGUUACUAUAGCAGACCAUGACGGUGAUAAUGUAUAGAGGUUUGUUCCGGCGGCUCGAUUGCGGCUCGAUUGUAAUCCUCAUUUAUC